AUGUCUGCUCACAAUGGACUUCUACAGACACCAGACAACUCAGAGCGUAUCGUUCCUCGUAUCGUCCUGUCACACCAACAGUACUUUCAGUACUCAGAUCUGACAGUGACUUGUGGAGGAUUCUUCAACAACAUGACCAAGUGGAGGGUGCUGCGGAACAUUGUGACAGAAACUAAAGACUCUAGGGGGCGCACUCUUGACCACUUGCUGAUGGCGAGUCCACUGGAGGAGCGACUCACUCUCAAACAGUUCCUGCGUUUUGGUGAAACUCGUCCCAUCGUGGAGCUCAUGUCUCUUCACUCAGGAGACAGUUCUGUGAAAAGUCUCAGCUCUUAUCCCACCACUCUGCAUAAGACACCAGACAACUCAGAGCGUAUCGUUCCUCGUAUCGUCCUGUCACACCAACAGUACUUUCAGUACACAGAUCUGACAGUGACUUGUGGAGGAUUCUUCAACAACAUGACCAAGUGGAGGGUGCUGCGGAACAUUGUGACAGAAACUAAAGGACGAUACAAGUGUGGCACGUCUGGUUCUAAAGAGUUCUCUGAGGAAAAUCUGCUGAAAGUUAAAGCUGUGGUCCUGGAGUGUCCAGAUGAGCCUGUGAAGGAAGGAGAGAGCGUGACCCUCUCAUGUAGAGACAAGAUGGCCGCUUCAUACGUGACAUAUUCAUUCUACAAAGACGACAAAGAGAGAACAGGAAGUUCCACUGGAGAGUUGACGCUGAUGGAAGUGUCCAAGACAGAUGAAGGAGUUUAUAAAUGUAAAAGCUCUGAGCUCAGAGAGUCAGAGGCUCAGUGGCUGGCUGUGGCAGGAGGGAUCUCCACUUCUGUCCACAACGCUUCAGGUGGAACUGACUUUAAAUGGUCUUUUCUCAUUGUAUUAGUUGCUCUGCUGCUGCUGUUACUUUUGGGGUUCAUCUAUAGAAAAUAUAAAGGUAAAUGUGCUCAACGACAAGACUCCGGACAUGAAGUCGUGGAGCCUCAAGAAACGUGUCUCUAUUCUCAGAUCAGCAACAACAACUUUGAUACUCAGGACAUAAAUGCAGGUGGACAAAGCGCUGAUGCUGAAAUGCUUUACGCUUCUGUCAAUAAGAAGAGAAAGAAGCAGAAGCAGAACUGUCCGGAUCCAGUGUACAGUGUUGUCAACAAGAAGAAACACAAACAAGCGCCCUCAAGCAGUGGGUCGAAGGUGGAAAAGUCUGUUUAG